CGCGCUCCGGGUCCCGAGGCCGCCGCUGUUCGCGCUCCCCGCAGGCCCCGCCGGGACCCCGAUGUGAGCGGCGGGCGGGCACGGGCGGCCCGGGCACCGCCACCCGCCGGGGCUCCGCGGGAAGAUGACAUCGCGGAGAUGGUUUCAUCCAAAUAUUACUGGGGUGGAGGCAGAAAACCUGCUGUUAACAAGAGGGGUGGAUGGCAGCUUCCUGGCACGGCCCAGCAAAAGUAACCCAGGAGACUUUACCCUCUCUGUCAGACGAACUGGAGCCGUGACCCACAUCAAGAUCCAGAACACAGGGGACUACUAUGACCUGUACGGGGGAGAGAAGUUUGCCACGCUGGCUGAGCUGGUCCAGUACUACAUGGAACACCAUGGGCAGCUCAAGGAGAAGAAUGGAGAUGUCAUAGAGUUGAAAUAUCCACUGAAUUGUGCUGAUCCUACAUCAGAAAGGUGGUUUCAUGGACAUCUCUCUGGAAGAGAAGCUGAAAAGCUCUUAACAGAGAAAGGAAAACAUGGAAGUUUCCUUGUGCGGGAGAGCCAGAGCCACCCUGGGGACUUUGUCCUCUCUGUGAGGACAGGAGAUGAUAAAGGAGAGAGCAAUGAUGGCAAAUCCAAGGUGACACAUGUCAUGAUCCACUGCCAGGAGCUGAAAUACGACGUUGGUGGAGGGGAGAAGUUUGACUCUCUGACAGACCUGGUGGAACAUUACAAGAAGAACCCCAUGGUGGAGACUUUGGGCACAGUGUUGCAGCUCAAACAGCCCCUGAACACGACCCGAAUUAACGCCGCCGAGAUCGAGAGCCGCGUGCGGGAGCUCAGCAAACUGGCCGAGACCACGGACAAAGUCAAGCAGGGCUUCUGGGAGGAGUUUGAGACUCUGCAGCAGCAGGAAUGCAAACUCCUCUACAGCCGUAAGGAAGGGCAGCGCCAGGAGAACAAGAACAAAAAUAGAUACAAAAACAUCCUACCCUUUGAUCACACCAGAGUUGUUCUCCACGAUGGGGAUCCCAAUGAACCUGUUUCAGACUAUAUCAAUGCUAAUAUUAUUAUGCCUGAGUUUGAAACCAAGUGCAACAACUCAAAGCCAAAAAAAAGCUACAUUGCUACUCAAGGUUGCCUACAGAACACAGUGAAUGAUUUCUGGAGGAUGGUGUUCCAGGAGAAUUCCAGAGUUAUUGUUAUGACCACAAAAGAAGUGGAAAGAGGAAAGAGUAAAUGUGUCAAGUACUGGCCUGAUGAAUAUUCCCUGAAGGAAUACGGGGUGAUGCGUGUCCGGAAUGUUAAGGAGAGCGCAGCACAUGAUUACACGCUAAGAGAACUUAAACUUUCUAAAGUUGGGCAGGGGAACACAGAGAGAACAGUCUGGCAGUACCACUUCAGGACCUGGCCCGACCACGGCGUUCCCAGCGAUCCUGGCGGUGUCCUGGACUUCCUGGAGGAGGUGCACCACAAGCAGGAGAGCAUUCCUGAUGCCGGACCAGUCGUGGUCCACUGCAGUGCUGGGAUCGGACGAACAGGAACGUUCAUUGUGAUUGAUAUUCUUAUUGACAUCAUCAGAGAAAAAGGUGUGGACUGUGAUAUUGAUGUUCCAAAGACCAUCCAGAUGGUGAGAUCCCAGAGGUCAGGAAUGGUGCAGACAGAGGCCCAGUACAGGUUUAUUUACAUGGCAGUGCAGCACUACAUCGAAACCCUCCAGCGCAGGAUCGAGGAGGAGCAGAAGAGCAAGAGGAAAGGUCACGAGUACACAAACAUUAAAUAUUCUUUAUCGGACCAGACGAGUGGGGAUCAGAGCCCUCUCCCACCCUGCACCCCGACCCCAACCUGUCCAGAAAUGAGAGAAGAUAGUGCUAGAGUAUAUGAAAAUGUGGGGCUGAUGCAACAGCAGAAGAGUUUCAGAUGAGAAGAUGUUCGGAGCCUCCCAUGCCAAGGCAGAAAUUAAUCUGGUUUUUAAAAAGGUCAAGAAAGAGAUGGAAGAAGCUUCACAUGAACAGUGAACUCUGAGGGCUUGGUACCUUUUUAUUUACGGUUUUAAUCCUUCAACAGUAGGCAAAACUUCAGACCAUCUAAAGAUUGGUUUUUAUCUCUUCUCUCCAAUACCUGAUUUGCUCAUUUUCCAAAUAAAAGGAAAUCCCUUCUACAAUGUAGACAACUA